UAUUUCCUAUAAAAAUUCAAAAAUAAAAGGAACUCUUUUCCCUUAUUCAAAGUCUUCAAAUAGCCUCUUUUUAUUUUUUCUAUUUUUCUCAAACCACCUCUUCUUUCCCUCUCUUUCUCUCUCUAAGCUAGCCGCCCCCCAAAAACUUCCUUCACAAAGACCCUUUUCUCUUAUUCCUCUUCCUCCUCUUUCUCAAUCUUUGAUUCUCCUACCUAGUUUUCUUAGUUUGUUCUGAUUCUCAGAUCAAAAACCCAUCUUUUUUUUGUCUUUGUUUUUUUUUUCCUAAUUUGUUCUGAUUCUUGGUUCGAAACCCCUCCUUUUUCUCUAGCUUUGUUCUGGUCUGUUGAUCAAGCUGCAAAGAGUUUUUCUUUUUCUUUUUUUUUGGGUUCUUUUUUUUCUGGUGGGUUUAAAGAUGGGAUUCUCAAAGAAGUCGCAAAUAGAUGGAGUUUUGGAAUCGGAAGGUAAUAAAAAGUGGGUAAUCGCCGGAAUUUCUCUACGGACAACUUUGAAGCCGGUAAAUACGAAACCAAGGAAAGAGAGCGAAGACGACGGUGAUGAAGAGCCGUGUUCGACGACCCCAACAGCGAAAGAAGCCAGAAUACCAGAGAUUUUGACGUGUCCUCCUGCACCCAGGAAACGCCGAACUUCUUCAAGAUGCAGCAACUUCAAUGGUGUAAGGGAGUUCUUUACUCCGCCUGAUUUGGAAACAGUAUUCAUACCCCAUGUUGAGAAAGCAAACUGACUCAAAUGUUAUUAGAACUAGCAAGGCAAAAAAAAAAAAAAAAAGUUAGUUUAGGCUUAAGAUUUUUCUUUUAGAGGUUUUGUUGUGAUUUUUUAUUUUUUUUUUUAAUUUAUCUUUCUUUGUUGAUCUUUUACUUCUCAGCUGUGGGUAGUGAAAAAGAGAAGCCGAAUGAUGUACAAAGAUAUGAUAUUUAAUGCAAUGAAAUAUUCUAUAUUUUAGCUCAAAAAUUAAUAGUUUCAA